UCGAGUGAAGGAUGGGGAGAUUAUCAGACCAGAGAGACAGAAGUGUUACUACAGAGCUGCUGCUGCAGGAGGGCAGGCUGGGAGCCGAUCAUGAUGAUGAAGCUCCAUUCCUCAGCGUACAACAGCACACGGGACAAACUGUAAUGUCUUGAGGUGGUGGCCGUUGUGAAGAAGGAAGGUUUUUAUUGUUGCGGUUGUCUUUUCCUCCCCCCUUUUCAUCACAUCUUCCUGCUCGUCCCACUCCUUCAUUCUCUGCCAACCGCUGGACUCCCCUCCCUCCUCUCUUUCCUACUUUUGUCCCCCCCUUUUUUCCAGCGAAGGGAUUUCUCUUUUUCAUCAGGGAUUAUUAAAAAAACAUGUCUCUCUGGGAAUGAUGGUGUUGCCACUGGUUCCACCUUAUUUGUCGCCAUGACGAUGCCAUUUAGCCCCCUGUCCAGCGACGAAGAGCAACAAAGGAUGCUAAGUAAUAGUAGACAUCUGUAUCCUGGGGCAGAAGACGAGGAAGAAGAGGAGGAGGAGGAGGAGGAAGAAAUGGAAGAAGAUGAGCGUGAUGAGGAUGGAGGAGAGGAGAACGGCGAGCUGGAGGGGGAGGAUGAUGAUGAUGAUGAUGAGAUGGUGGAAGAGGUCAGGAGAGGUGGCCUGUCUCGGACGGGCAGGGGGGAGGGACACAGACAGUCGGGUAAACUUGGCGGGAGACCCACUGGAGAUCGACAGACCAGGUCAGGGAACCCUGGACACACCGCAAACCCCUAUUCGUCCAACCCUGGACCCACGUACCAACAACCAGCCAAUCAGGUGCAGCAACAGCAACAGAGGAGGCUAAAGGAGCGCACUGCCAACGCCGUGCCAUCUGAAGACGCCCACAUCGCCAUGAUGGUGUUUCGCAUUGGCAUCCCAGACAUAAAGCAAACGAAAUGUCUGCGGUUUAACCCAGACGCCACCGUAUGGAAGGCCAAACAGCAGGUGCUGUGCUCUCUGACCGAAUCGCUGCGAGACGUCCUGAACUACGGUCUGUUCCAGCCUGCCACAGACGGACAUGAUGCCAAGUUCCUGGAGGAGGAGAGGCUGCUCAGAGAGUACCCACAAUCCUUUGAAAAAGGGGUGCCGUACUUAGAGUUUCGAUAUAAAACCAGGGUGUACAAACAAACAAAUCUGGACGAGAAACAGCUGGCCAAGCUGCACACGAAGGCCAGCCUUAAUAAAUUCAUGGAUUACAUUCAGACCAGCGCUGUGGACAAGAUGGGCAAAUUCCUAGACAAGGGCCUUGAUCCCAACUACCAGGAUCCUGACACUGGUGAGACUCCUCUGUCGCUGGCAGUGCAGUGUGAGCCAGGUGGAGGGGAGGCCAUCCGGGUCCUGGUGGAUGGAGGCGCUCAUAUCGACUUCCGUGCCAAAGAUGGACUCACACCGCUACACAAGGCUGUUCGAGGCCACCGCCAUACAGCCCUGCUGGUCCUUCUUUCUCUGGGUGCGUCUCCAGACUACAAGGACCGGCGGGGGCUGACGCCGCUCUACCACACUGUGCUAACAGGAGGCGAUACCUCCUGCUGUGAAACACUGCUUUAUCACCACGCCAAGCUGGGCAUCAGGGACGAGAACGGCUGGGAUGAGACACAUCAGGCCUGUCAGAACGGAAACUCGCAGCAUCUGGAGCACCUUCUCUUCUACGGGGCAGAUUCCUUGUCCCAGAAUGCCUCUGGAAACACUGCCUUGCACGUGUGUGCUUUAUACAACAAGGAAAGCUGUGCACGCAUUCUGCUGUAUCGUGGAGCAAAUAAAGACAUGAAGAAUAACAGUGGGCAGACCCCCUUUCAGGUGGCAGUUAUGUCUGGUCAUUUUGAACUGGGAGAAAUGAUCAAAAACCACCGAGACACAGAUGUGGUUCCCUUUGUGGAGUCUCCAAAGUACGCCCCCCAGAGGCGGGAGAGCACCCGGACGCUGGCAGUGCCCCAUCCUCACCCUUUCCUCCGAGCCAACAGCGACAGCAGCAUGAACGUGCCGGACUGGAUGGCUCUGCCCAACGCUCCCACCACCAACAUCGUCUCUGUGCAGGGGUAUAAACACACAGGAACCCUGCGCAGCUCCAGCAGCCCCAGAGGAGCCAGGACGCGCUCCCCGUCCAGGGGCAGAAUCGGAGAUAAGGAGGACCGGAGCAGGCAGAGUCGGAGACAGGGACCUGCCCCGACCACCACCACCAUACAGACCGCAGGCCAGCGGAGACGCCUCUACAGCGCCGUCCCGGGACGAGUCUUUGUAGCAACCCGAUCGCACUCAGCUCAGGGAGAGCGAGAAAUCAGCUUCAGUAAAGGAGAUAGGGUCAAAGUGUUGAGUGUUGGCGAGGGGGGCUACUGGGAGGGGACGGUCAGAGGCCGCACAGGCUGGUUCCCCUCCGACUGUGUGGAGGAGGUGGUGCUGCGGAGCCAGGACAACCGAUCAGAGAGUCGUGGAGAACGAGCCAAAAGAUUGUUCCGCCAUUACACCGUGGGAUCGUACGACAGCUUUGACGCACCAACUGACUAUAUAAUCAAGGAGAAAUCUGUGCUUCUGCAGAAAAAAGACAGUGAAGGGUUUGGCUUUGUGCUAAGAGGAGCCAAAGCUCAAACUCCAAUUGAAGAGUUUACUCCCACUCCGGCCUUCCCUGCUCUGCAGUAUUUGGAGUCAGUGGACGAGGGAGGCGUGGCCUGGAGAGCCGGUCUCAGGAUGGGGGAUUUCCUCAUAGAGGUCAACGGUCAGAAUGUGGUGAAGGUUGGCCACCGGCAGGUCGUCAACAUGAUCCGUCAGGGGGGCAACUGCCUCAUGGUAAAGGUUGUAAUGGUAACCCGCAACCCUGACAUGGAGGAGGGUUCGAGGAAGAAAAUCCCUCAGCAGAGUAAGAGGCUGAGCACUCCAGCCAUCGCCCUACGCUCCAAAUCAAUGACGUCAGAGCUGGAGGAGAUGGCUGCUACCCCUUGGAAAAAAAAAUCAGAAUUCGAGUCCUCACAAGUUUCCGAGAAGAAGAGGACAGUCUAUCAGAUGGCUUUGAAUAAAUUAGAUGAAAUUCUUGCAGCAGCUCAGCAGACAAUCAGCACCAAUGAGGUGUCGGGGACACGGGGACAGGGGCCAAAGAGAGACAGGGGGAGAAGUUUCUAUGGCAAUGAGACAAACUACGGGGAUCAGCCUGGGAUGGAGGUGAUGUCAGGGUUGGGCGUUGGCUACGACCGUGGACAGUACACCUCAGGUCACGCCCCACAGCACGGUAUGCUGCGGCAGAAAUCCAUCGGUGUGCUUGAGGAGGAGAAGCAACUCCUGCAACCUCCAGCGGUGAAGUUUGCACGAAGUCUUUCGGUGCCUGGCCCAGAUGACAUCCCCCCUCCUCCCACUACAGCACCACCAGAUCCUCCAUUCUCCUCCGCCCCCCCACUCGGUUGGAGAGCAAGGUCAUCCCAGCAGCCGUCUGUCUCCGUGUCCCAGGCAACGCCCACCUCUGUGCACUACCAGCCCUUCUCCCAUUCAGGGCACUUCACCCAGGGUGGCAGGGAGAGGGCUGGUGGCCCCAGCACUGGUCUCGGGGGAGCAGUGGAUCAUACAAUACCUUAUGUACAGGCAGCUGCCCAUACUGCUCAAAGCAGGACUGCUUCGCGGAAGGUUGCCUACACUGGGGAGUCAGUUGGAGCUGGGAUUGGGGCUGGUACGGGGGCUAAAUCAGCCGGCCCCAGGAGAGGUUACAGCACAGCCGUACCCCCAUCUAGCAUUGCUACAGUAAUGCCCCAGCAACAACAGACCACCCAGAGCCAACCCCAGCGUGUAGAUCGCAGUGGAGCUGCAGCAGGUGGUCCUAAAGGGGGAGCCAGAAGAGGUAAGGGCCCCCUAGUAAAGCAAUCAAAGGUAGAGGACCUGCGCCAAGGUCAAGGCUCUUUGGGGAGUAAAGACUCAGUGGAGAAGAGCUCUAUUCCCAUCCCCACCAUUAUCGUCAAGGCCCCUUCGACAAGCAGCAGUGGACGGAGCAGCCAGGGCAGCAGUGUGGAGGCUGAUGUUCCCUCUGAGACAGGUGACACAAAACCACCCCAUGGCCCCCCUCCUUCCACUCCUGCUCCACAACCCCCUGCUCCACCAUCCAUCCCAGCACCACCACCUCCUUCCUUACCUUCCAUCCGUGCCCAGGAAAAUCUGGACUAUACCAGCCAGUUUGGGGCUGCCAUUGUUGGUGCGGCUCGUCGUGACAGGGAGCGAUUUCAUGAAGCUCGCCGAAAGAGCGCCUCCUUGUUCAUGUCUGCAGAGGAGGAUCUGAAUAUUGGGGGAGUGAGUGAUGGAUUAGGAGGGGUGACAAGGACUCAGGUGUCCCAGCAGCAGCUAAGCACUCAGGCUGAAAGUUCAUCAGCACGUUUGCGCGCCUCUAAGUCCAUUGAUGAGGGCAUGUUUUCUGGGGACACCUUCAUCCAGCACACUCGGAGCAUGCCUCCAGCCUUCGGGCUACCAGAGUACUCAUCAACUGCCCUGGACUACCAGCCCAAGUCUGUGCCUACUGAUCUGUACAGACACCCAGCACUCCCCACCAACACCACCUUCAUUCACCCUCUAACAGGAAAGGCGCUUGACCCCACAUCGCCACUCGGCCUCGCCCUGGCUGCCAGAGAACGGGCUCUAAGGGACGACAGCAGGGUACGGAGGGGAACAGAGCACCACUUCACCCGCCAGAUGUCCAGUGUGGUGUUCCCUUCGUCUUCUUCCACCUCUCAGCCGGUAUCGUCUGCUGCACAGGCCUCAAGCUCUUACCUGGUCACCUCCUCCUCUCUGGCAGCAACCACACCCACUGUUGGUCGCCCACCCUCACCCAGAAUCCUCCGAGGAGUUGGGAGUACAUGGAGUGAAGAAGGUGUUGCAGGAGAAAGGGAGCGUGAAGGAGGAGGGGCCCGUGAGGGUCUUAGGGUCCGCUUCUCAGAGGACAAAACAGUCCACACACACCACUGUCAGUCUCAGCCAUAUCAGCCGACCUACCGGGAGCGAGAGAGGUCAAGGGAGCGGGAGAGGGAACUCUCAAGGGAAAGGGAUAAGGAUAAAGAGAGAGAGGGUUACAUCAGGAGAACAGAGCAGGCUGCUGACAGCAGCGCCCAGCAGCCUCGGAGACCUACGUUUCUCAGGAUGGAGAGUCAAGCUGAUGCCUAUAUUUUAUCCCUCACACCUCCUUCUCCUCCAUCCGCCAGUACUCAGCAGGUGUCAGCUACUGGCAGCACCGGGUCAGGUUUGAUGGUCCUUCCUCCUCCCGCUCCUUCAGUUGACGCAGAUGAUGAAUUUGUCUAUGCAGAACCCCUCCCUCCGCCUUUAGAGUUUGCUAAUAGCUUCGACAGAGGCACAUCAAGAUACUCCCAGCAUGGGAUGCUUCCCAACAGCAUGAGACCUCGUCAACAUCAAGCCCCUGCCCCUCCACCUCCGCCACCCCCUCCACCGCCUCCACCGCCACCCCCUCCACCCCCUCAGAAAGAACAGUUCAUAGGUGGGUUUCCUGCUCACACACCUCUGCACUCCCCUCAGGCGGGGGACUCCACUGCCUCCAGCCUCACGUCUUAUGACAGUGAGGUGGCAAACCUCACUCAGUCUGCUCCUUCCCCAUCCCAGACCUCCCCAAAUCCUCCACUCCCUUCCUCACCCUCAAACCUGCAACCAACCGUUGGCCCUCCUCCUCCCCCAGCAGUCUCCCCUCCACCUCCUCCAGGGUCAGGAGCCUACCACAGACCCUUCUCCAUGACUCACCACCUUUACAAUAGUAUGCACAUUUCUGGACGAUCUUCACCCACGCCUCCGUCACACACAGUUGCCCCUCCCCCAUCCUACCGUGGUCCGCAAGCUCCCUCUUCCUCUGCUGCCACCUCUGCCCUACACAGAGCCACUGCCUCCCAUGCCACGACCGCUAGCUGUGCUGCAACGACCACCACUUCUGCCACCGCAACAAGCACCUCCACUCAGCUCUAUCAGGAGAGAACUCACACCACACAUUCAGCAACCUCCACCGCCAUCGUAGGCAGGAUGGGGGAACACCACCGUGCCCCUCCCACUGCCAAAAAAGGAGAGUCCCAGGAGACAGUGGUGGACUCUGGGAUCGAAGAGCUGGACAGCCGCAGCAGCAGUGAUCAUCAUCUGGACAGCAUCCUGGCUCUAAGCGGGGCUGGUAUUCGGGGAGAGAGACUAGAUCGAGGUGAAAGAGUCGGAGCUGGAGGUCGAAUGGGAGGGGGCUCAGGGGACAUGGAAAGAGGGGGGGAUUUUCUGGAGUCUUACAUGAGCUACCUGGAUGGACAAACUUUUGAGAUGCAGAACGCGACAGCAGCAGCUUCCACCUACCCAAAAACCAGCAGGUUCAGAGAGGGAAGUCGAGCCGGAGAUCUACACCGACAGACCAGCACUGCCCCCUCAUCCUACCACUCCCACAGGCAGAGAGACGAACAGGAAGACGACGAUGUAGAGGAGAGAGUAGGUGUUAACGACAGAGGCCAGGACGGUUAUGGUGUCAGGGACAUGCAGAAUGCGGGGCGCCCCACGUCUCCAUACUUUAAUCGAUCACGCACGCCUGAGAUGAGGCCGCUCUGGGGAGACAGCCAGGUGAGCGGUGAUGGCAGCCAGUCUGGGUCCAUUUUAGAGAGGAGGAAGAUUCACCCUCCUGCAUCCAGCAUGAAGCCCAGCAUUAUUAACGAGCUGAGCAGCAAACUGCAGCAGAGAAGCAAAGAAAGCUGGAGCAGCCAGAGACCCCUGAGCAGACACAGAUUUUCUGAAGAUUCAGCCUCUGCUCUGAGCCCCCCCUCAGUCCGCUCUCAGUCACAGUCUCCCAUCUCCUUAUCGCAGCCAUCUUUAUCUCCUUCCCCCACUCCUGCCUCCCAGUAUCCCAAUUGGGGACGAUCCCCAUCACCUCAGCCUUCAGCAGCCUCCCAACCUCCACGUUCUCAUUCCCCAUUGUCCCCAACAUCUUAUUCCCCUUACCCCACAUCUCCCAAGCACAGACCUGUCUACCGGACCAAAGCCCUGGAAUUCCAGUUUAUUCCCAGUCGAGAGUCCCGCAAAGCAGAAUCACACAUGCUCCAGCGCAGGCGAGCUCCCAGUCCCCUCAUAUCCCAGUCAGAGAGACCCAAGAUGGGCCCACCACGUCCAUCGUCACUCCCGCUUCUCCCUACCUCCCCUCUAUACAGUGCCAUGUACGACCUCCGCGGGUCAAUCACCCCACCUUCAUCAGGAAACCCCCUCGGAGACCCGUACUUCUCCCCAUCUCCUCCUCUGUUUGCCCCGUCUGGUGCCCCACCUCCCCCAAACUCUACCCUAGUCGUGUCUCGAUCACUUUCUCCAACUCAUUUCCUGUCUGGGACAUCUUCUCCCCCCCUGCACCCUCUCCCACCACCUACUUGUUUGAGCUACCCCCACUUACCUCCCCCGUCUCCAACAAAGCCUUUCGCCUCCAAGCCGCUGCCCUACUGGACCAAGUACGAUGUUGCAGACUGGCUGGCAUACCUGAACCUGGGGGAGCACAGGGAACGCUUUCUGGACAACGAAAUCGAUGGAACCCACUUACCCUCGCUGACCAAGGACGAUUAUUUGGAUUUGGGUGUGACGCGAGUGGGCCACCGUAUGAAUAUUGAACGGGCCUUGAGGAGCAUAAUAGACAGGUUGUCCAGCAGCCCGUUUCCCAUCUCUGUCCUCUCACCGCGGGACGGACAAGCCGACAGGAGGAGGGACGAUGGCAGCCGAAGCUGAGGCUGCUGAAACAGACCCGCAUGAGGAGAGACGGAGAAAAACGGAGGAGGGUUGGAAGUCAGUGAGGGAGGAAAACACAACUGCUGCUGUUCUUGGUGAACUCACACAAAUGAGGGGAAAGCGGAUUUUCACACAGAAAGCAACAGAACGGGGGAGUCGAGUCCCAAAGAAAGGCGGAGACAUCAGGGUGACGAGCCAUAAAGACACCGGCUGAUGCUCCCUGGUUGUGGCAGGCUGUUACACAAGUACACCCCAUACAUGCAUGCACAGCCAGAGAAACACCCUCUCACCCACCGUGUGCUUGGCGACUCCAUGGCUGCAGCAGCAGUUUAAAUACAUCAAAUAGAUGCAAACAGUUAGGUGAUUUAGUUCGUCGGGACGUGGCGCCAUCCCACCGAGCUGCCGCUGGUCGGGUGUAAGAGUGCAAUCAGUAACAAGCUUUUCUGCGGUAGCUUUCAGACAUGUUUGUGAAUCAGAGCGAGAGUUUAGUCUUCUUUGAGCGAUUGUGUGCAGAAGCGAGGCUUUAUUGGUGUGCGUGGUCGAUGUAGGACGCAGCAGUAAAUCUGGACUGCUUCGACGUCCUUUAGAGUGGACGGGGGAGCGGGUGGGUGGGUGGUUGGUGUCCUUGCUGCGUGUUUGACUCGGAUCAGUCUGGUUUUUACCUCAUCACAAGUGGGGCUCCUUCCAAAGGGAUCAGGUGCGUUUCCAUUAAUCUCUUCAUCAUCUUAAGUCUUAUAAUGACAAGCAUACAGACUGGUCACUGUAUCACAAAUCUGUAGCAAAAGUAAGUGCCCAGACCUACAACAUAACAGAGUAAAGGAACAACAACACGGACAUGCCCACGCGGGCUCCCCAGUUACUACUACUCACGCCUGCAUGCACACACCACCAUGUAGAUGAACACAAGCACUCUGUGUUUGUGUCAGGAUUCAUCUAACACCUCCUAUAUAGACACGCGGAUCAUGUUCGGAUCAAAGAUGUACUCAAACACACAAAAGAAGACAGAUUGUGCUUUCAACUGUUACCUGGGACAGUGUGGGGGGAUAAAUCUCUCAAAGGAUUUUAUUUACAGAGAAAGACUGCUCCGGCGUGGCGGCAGAUGCUGUGCAUUCACAAAGACCUUCUGCACGAGGGAGACGGGAAAGGGAGAGGGGAGGGGGAGAGUAAAAACUGCCAUUUUCUUGUUCUUUCCCACCCAAUCCUCCCCCUUCGAGUGGCCUUUCUCCCCCGACGAAAUCCAGGAGGCAACUGCUGAGAUCCAAGAGAAAUGCUUACAUUGAAUUUUAAUACUCUGUUCUUACGGUUUUUAAACUUUAAACGGGAACACUGCAAUUAUUGGUAUUACGGAGAGAUUUACUGUAACUACUCAUCGUUACUAUCAUCGUCCUUACUGUUAUUGUGGUCUCAGAAGGUCCCGGGUUCUGCCCCGGAUGGCGGUUUGGACCGCGUACUGAAGAUAAUCCUUCUGCUUAUAAACACAGAAAUGUAAAUGAGAGAUAUUUUUAAAUUGACAAACGCAUGCUGUGCCCUAUACACGGUUUCUAUGUGACAAGGAGCCUUGCGACUAAAUGUGAAGCACAUUUUGAAAGUUUUCCUUUAUCGUCCAGCUUUCUUUGAUUACAUGUUAUCAGUCCAAGCCUCUGAGUAUCCUUUCAUUGCUCCUAUGAAACUUCAGUUACCACCAGAUGUUGUUCAGUCGCUGUACAAAUGUAGCACCCUGCCGCAGACAUAUCUGCAGGAAAAGCUUUUUAUUGAAUAGCUUCCUGUGAGGUCUCAUAUUGUCUAAUCCUGCGUACGAGCCAGCCCCCCCGUCACCAACCCACCGCUCAUCACACUAACUGUCUUACCUGGCUGAGAUUAAAUAUAAGGGCUCUCUCGUGACGUCUCUACCUUGACCAGUGCGCCACCUCUCCUGCUGCUUUUCGAGUCCAAGAACACAGAGCGUUAUCAAAUGUGCAUUCUCGCAUCUUUGCUCCAUCCUCCUUCAGUCUAUUUUUGCAAAACAAAGAAGAGAUUUCAUACAUCCUGUUGCUCAAAGUGCACACGCUAGCAACGGGAUUCGGCAAAGGUGACUGAAGAGAUUAGUUUGUGUAUUUUCUGCCCGCUGAUGGAUGAGAAGAGAUUUUAUUAGAAUGCAAAGGUGAAUAGCAAUAAGGACGAUGAAAAUAAUGGUAAUCUAAACCUGGUUUAAGGUGUUACAAAAGUCAAACGUUUUUAAGAAUCUCUGUCUUCCAAAUAACGUUCAUCAGAAAAGGUACGAUGUAUUUAUUUAACUGUUCUGCUUUCUAUGCAGUUUGACUCGCUCUCUGCAUCUUCUGCUCCAUUGGUCUGGUCUGAACAGAGCAGCUCUCGUGUUCUGGUGAUGAUGAAUCAGUCACGGUUACCUAGCCUGGCAAGCCAGACUAAAUAAAUGCAUUAUUUAGCAAGAAUUUGGUCUAGUUCACUAGGCUAACGGUUACCAGCACACCAUGCAGAGGUCUCGUUAGCAGCUCGCUACAUCUCCCUUCAGAGAUGUUGACGUUUGGAUGACUGUAAUGAAAUCGGCCGCAGAAUCGUUUAUCGAGUCCAUGGAAGGUUUUCAGGUGAAAAUCUUAAGUGAUUCGUGACUAACGGUUCUGAAUCAUUUCCUGCUUUCAGCAUUUCUGAGAUGCUGUUAAAGACAAAAGCGACUGGGGGAAUUCGUCCAACUCUAUAGAAAGCAUUUCUUUUCCUUUAAGGAUUCUUUUAAAAAUGAGAAUAUGAACGGAUGAAAGAUAACUUAGAAUAUAUAUAUGUAUAUGUGUUACACAUAUAC